AUGAGUGCAUCGGUUAAAGAGUGCAUCUCUGGUCACUAUAGGGGUCACUUCUGGUCUCAAGGGGAUACGUUUGGUGACUGUGGAAAGAUAUAUCCACCGGGGGAAUUUAUGGUCGAAUGGGGGCAUUUGUGGCCACUAGGGGGCACUUCUGGCAACCGGGGGCAUGUCUUGCCUUUAGGGAACACCUCUGGCCACCGGGACAAUGCCGAUAGGGGACUCCUCUCGCCAACUAAAAGUGAAGCCCUGUCCGUAGUGUCCGAAGACCAGUCCAUGUUUGAGAAUUCUUACCAGCACCACCACCAAGAGCCGCCCAAGCCUAUCGUGGUAUCUUCGGUAAGCCCCCACUCCUCGGCGUCUCUCCAGAGUGUGAUCCCCAAGCCCAGGCAGUCCCCCUCCCCGCAAGACCUCGCCGCUCCUCCCCAGUGGAACCAGUGCCGCCAGCAAGAGAUCCGUAUGAAGCAGGAACCGGACCACGUAGCCCACGGGCAUGAUGCCGGUACCAUCGGCCGUGUUGUGGAGGCUGAAUCCCCCUUGGAUUGUAGCGUGAGUAAGAGACAGCAACCUCAUGGGGCAAUGUCCGAGGCGUCCCAGGCGGCACCCCCUUACCCGUGCCCCCCUUACCCCGGAUCGGAGUCCGACCGGGCCCGCUCACCGCCACCCAAUGUCACCACCAAUGAAAAACGGGUCAUCGUGCCAGCUGACCCCAACACAUGGUCAACGGACCAUGUCCAACAGUGGGUACAAUGGACGGUCAGCGAAUACUCACUCCAGGAGGUCAUGGUGAACAGAUUCGACAUCGACGGCAAACAGUUGUGUAAGAUGACCAGAGAUGACUUCACAAGGUUGACCAGCUCCUACAACGCUGACGUAUUGCUCUCACACCUCAACUUCCUCAGACAAGCUCCACUGCCCAACCUUACGUCAGAUGACGUGGAUAAAGCCCUGCAGCCAUCCCCUCGUGCACCUCCGAGCUCACAAGCUACAAAUAUUGGAUCAGCCCAGCCAAUCACCGAGAAGAAAUACGUCACGUGCAAUGCAUCAAAUUACUACCCCGAACAAGUGCAGAAAGGGAGUGGAACUGCAUUUCCUUACCCAGUCAGCACACACGUGGACACAAACUCUCGGAUGCAGAGGACAGGCGGUUUUAUUACAACCCCGACCGCGGCUGCCUCUAUCUCGGUGUGUCUCAGCUUCAACGUAAGAUUGCCUGUGAGGAGCGAUCGGAGCUGGGCAAUUUCGCCAGGAAGAGGGCUCGUCAAAUCGGGAAAUGUUGAAGAGAGUAGGAAAGGAAGGAAGCUCGUCGUGGAAUUAAUUGCGGAGAAAUCUCUCCCUUCCUCGAUCAGCGACGUGCUUCGAGCUACAUCUCCUCUCGCUUGGCUGAGCGACGCACGCGCGUGCUGGGGAGAACCGGGCACCCCGGCCAUCAUCCUUCUCAGUCUCCAAGACGCAUGCGCAGCCCAUCCUCGUUCAAGUAUUAUCCAAACAUAA